GAGGCGGCUGUAGCUGGGAUUCACACUAGAGUGCAGUAGAGAGAGUGGUGUGCAUAUUAUAUCUAUAUAUAGUGAGAGAGAGGAGUCAGCCGUUCUGAAAGCUGCCCGAGCGAAGGGGAAGGCAAUGGCCGGCUCGGGCGAGAGGAACAGACAGCAGACGAUUGAAGAGUACCUGGAAGCGGCCGUACAGGUGGCUCUGGAAGCCGGCCAGAUAAUUAGGGAAGCAUUAAGAGUUGAAAAGCGAGUGCAGACAAAGUCAUCAGCAGCAGAUCUCGUAACAGAAACAGACCAACUUGUUGAAAAUCUGAUCAUCUCGACUCUAAGUAACAAGUUUCCUUCACACAGAUUUAUUGGUGAAGAAUCAGUUGCAGCUGGUGAAAAAUGUAUUCUGACUGAUGACCCCACUUGGAUAAUAGACCCCAUCGAUGGAACUUGUAACUUUGUACACGGAACACCGGUGGUGGCAGUUUCUAUUGGACUUUCUGUCAAAAAAGAGCUUGAACUUGGCGUAAUUUAUAGCUGUGUUGAAGAGAAGUUAUAUACUGGCAGAAAAGGUCAUGGAGCAUUUUGUAAUGGGCAGAAACUUCAGGCAUCUACUCAGACAGACCUGUCAAAGGCUCUGAUAUUAACUGAACUUGGUUCGAUUCGUGAUCCUAAAGCGGUAAAGCUGCUGUUUAGUAACAUGGAGAGGUUACUAAAGGUUCCAGCCCAUGGCAUCAGGAUUGUGGGCAGCGCAGCUCUGGAUCUGUGCCACGUCGCAGCUGGAGACGUCGAUGCCUUUUACCAGUUUGGCCUCCAUUGUUGGGAUAUGGCUGCUGCUGCUGUCAUUGUCCGGGAAGCUGGAGGAAUCUUGAUGGAUACAGCAGGAGGACCACUGGACCUAAUGUCUCGGAGAGUGGUGGCGGCUGGCACUUUGGAGAUGGUGUGUCAGAUUGUUAAAGAACUACAGCCUGUGGCCUAUGAACGGGAUGACAGCACUGAAGGCACAAGUCACUCACUAUCCAAAUAAUGACCCUUUCAGAACGUGCACUGUUGGAAGCGUAGUGAAAUCACACUGCUGAAUCUUUACAAGUAACUUAACAGGGACAAGCAGCUGUGAUGGCCGUACUGUGCUGAUAUUUAUAACAAAAAUAAUAAUAGCAAACUGGUCCUGCUCUCCCUCAACCAUCAGCAUUACUUAUCUUCUAUGAACUAUGUUGAUUGAACUUUCUGCUGUUGCUGUUAAAUGUUUUGGAGAGUCUGAUGAUUGGGAAUAAAUGUAACCUAACUCUGAUGGUGCAGUGGAUGGGGGAGGUAUGGAUUUGAGUAGACCUCCGGUUUACGAUGACUUCGAUGGAGUGAGGUGUUCGAUAAGGUGUAAAGUCAGAAUCACAUCUGGUCCUGUCAGUUACUUAACACACAGACUAGGCUCAAACCUCUCCCACCCCUUCAACAUCAUUUAUUUAAAACUUGGUAGUCUGUUUUUGACAGAAACUUACUGACGCAUGAUGGGGUUGUGCAAAAACCUGGAACUAUGAUUGUGAUUGUGCGAAGUUUCAGUAAUUCAAAAAUUUAACAUAGUCAUGUAAUGGUCACUAUUCUGAUUUAUGUCCAGGUCAAUCUCCAAUCUCUUACCUAAUAUUUAAACAAAUUCAAAAAGAAUUCACCUACCAAUGAAGAAAACAAAAGUCACGGAGGAUAUCUUUGUUUCUUCACUUAAACGAUUUUCCGUGUAGUUGCAAUCCCUUCCGUCUUUUAUACUACAUAAGAACAAGCUGAAUCAGAUUUAAACGGAGAGCAGGGUGAAUGAUAAUGAAACCCACGGCCCAUUAUCAGUUAAUUCUAUCACGAGACAAGGGUGUUGCUGGCAGCAACUAUCGUCCAGUCCUAACUGCUCUUGAAUGGAAUGGUUUACUCGGGCAUUUCAGAGGGCAGUCAGACAAAUCACAGUGGGUCCAUGUAGGCCAGACUGGGUAAGAAAUGGAAGAUUUUUGAACUAGAUGAGAUUUUAACAAAAAUUAAUGAUACUUGACAUGUUCACCAUUACUGAAGUUAGCUUUGUUGGAUUUAAAACUAUAUCCCCAAAACAUUAUCCUGAGGUUCCGGUGGCAUUAAUAUCACCUCCCUUGCAACAUUGGACAGGGUCUAAAGACAGACUCCAGAUUGGUUUGUGCCUAUAAUCCAUACCAUCAAAGAUCAAUGUCUCUCCACAAUAACUGAAUCCAAAUGUUGAUGUCUUUGUAACUGGUUACCAUCAUAAUUACCAUCAAGUACAGUUUUCAUUGCAGUGUAACAGUCUGUAAACAUAGACACAUGAGAUGACUAUUUUUUAAAAAAAUCCUAUUUUUAAAUCUUUAUUUCGGGGUUUUAUUCAUUUUACUGAGUGGAAUUUUGGCAUAGAAAUAAAAUAACUGUUCAUUAAUAAAUAGUUUUAA